UGCUUCUGAGGAAUCCGUCUUCCGCUCUUUUGUUCGCAGAGUGAUGAUUGAGCAUUUUGGAAGAGACGUCGAUCCUCCACUUUGGAAGAGUUUCUGGGAGUAUUGGACAGCUUUCUUGAUUAGCAAAGGAGCGGACCUUUCUCCUGAGCAAGAGCUGGCGUGGCAAGCAUUGGGCACGAGAUUCAACGAAGAAGCCCAGUCAUACUUGGCAAAAGUGGGACGCCCACAUGCUUGAAUUUCAGCACUGAUUUGAUAUAAAUGAUAUUGGUACAGGAAUAAACUCAUUAGAUG